UUGUUUGAUUGCCGCCUGCCUAUGACCGUCUUCAACUACGGACUUUGCUUGAUCGCUGCCUGCCCUGACUUCCUGACUACGUCUUUUCCCUCGGUGCCUUCAUCGGUAUUUCUAACCCCCUGGUCAUCUGCCACUGACCUAGGGACUGCUCUGGAAUGGUACCUGGUAACUACCCUAAGGCCCCAAGCCUAUCCUCACCAUCAGAGGCUCUAUUGAAAACCAGGGAUUGCUGAGAAAUGGAUGAGACCAAUACUGAAACAUGGAAAAUUGGGGACAAAAGUCGAGGCACAAGGGUCAAAUAUAAUGAUCUCCGUAAUAAUGCUGUGCCCAUGAAAGAGAAGCGUAGGUUAAGGGAAGUAAGGCAAUCUGAAGGCUAUAAUCCUAGUUUUUGGACUCACAAGCACUACUCCUGUGUGUUGCCAUAUUGGAACAAGGGAGAGCAAGUCAUCUCGAUCUUCAAAUUGUGGGGGAAAACACUCAUUGCUAUCAGAGCCAAGUUUGGCUCAAGUAUCAGCUCCUAUUUCUUGUUCCUUCGAUUCCUGAUGCUCUUGAACUUGGCUUCCCUCAUCCUGACCACUGGUUUCAUCAUUGUUCCCACCAUACUUCUUAGUAAGACAGAACACAACCACAGCUAUCUAGCACCAUGUGGAAACUCAUCCGCCUUUCCAAACCAUACCUUGCCGGGCCAUGUACUGGAUUUAUUCACAGGAGAAGGCUUCAUGCAGGACACCUUUCUUUUCUAUGGACAUUACAGUGAUGUGGUGGGGUUCGAUGACGCCUUCAGUGUCCGCUUGUCGUACCUGCUGACUCCCUUUGUCUUCUUAUUAAUCUGUAGCCUGCUUCUCUUACAACGUACUGUGAAAGGAAUAACACAAAGGCGAGUGCGGAGCAGACAGUACAGGACCUCGAUCAGCAGCAAAGUCUUCUCUGGUUGGGAUUUUUGUGUGAGAGAAACAGGGACAUCAGUCCUUAAACAGAAGCGUUUCAGCAAUGAUAUCAAGUCGGACUUGGCUGAGGAACAUUGGUAUAUGUUAACGACUCAACAAUCUCUUGGUGUAAAAGUUCGCAUUGUUGCUUUGCGUGUUUUUCUCAACUGCAUCAUCCUGGCUCUGAUGGCUGGAGGUUUCUAUUUAAUAUAUUUGGCUACUGGCGUAUCUCAAGGUUAUCAAGAGAGGUCAGACGAUCCGAUCCUCAGUCUGAUGACUCAGUAUCUAGUGCCGGUUGUCAUCUCCUUGGUUCUUCUGAUCCUGCCAUAUUCAUUUAUGCUCCUGGUAAAAUUUGAAGGCCUAUCACCAAGUGCAGAGAUAACUUUAACUCUUGUCAGGUGUGUGUUCCUCAGACUCGGGACCUUAGGGAUAUUCUUGUUUUCUCUGGGUCAAACUAUCCUGUGUGUAGGAGGCACCAAAGCACCAUGUGAAAUUUGUGGCUACAAUAUGCAGUUCCAGUGCUGGGAGACAUCGGUGGGGCAGGAGUUUUACAAGUUGUCCAUGUUUCACUUUCUGGAACUGUUAGCAGAGUUCUUGUUCCUGAAAUUGCCUCGCAGUUUCCUGUUCUCCCGAUACCAAUGUCGCUUGAUCCGCUGGUUUGGAAAAGAAAAAUUCAUCCUCUCUCAGAACGUGUUGGACAUGGUGUAUGGUCAGACCUUGGUGUGGGGGGGAAUGUUCUAUACCCCAUUACUGCCGCUGCUCAACCUUAUCUUCAUUUUCAUCACCUUCUAUAUUAAAAAGUUUUCUGUGUUUCACCUGUAUGAUGUCUCCCAAAGAUUAUUUCAAGAAUCAACCCUGAGAAUCAUGUUUCAUUUUGUCCUGUUCCUAGGCCUGAUGACAGUUUUUCUCCCCUUAACUUACCUGUUGACAAGUGCUCGCCCAUCUCGCUCCUGUGGCCUGUUCACUGACUACAAUACUCCAUGGGAAGCUGUGAAGAACAGGACUCACUCAGCACUGCCCCCUGCAGCCCUGACUGUCCUGACAUAUUUGACUUCAGACAUUGGUGCUUACAGCCUGCUUUUUAUCCUAAGUCUUGUGCUCACCUGCUAUGUCUCCCGUGUCCGCCAGAAUGAACUAGACGUGGAACUGCUUAAGGAGCACUUGUCUAAUCAAAUAGAAGAUAAAGAAUUCCUGGUACGAAGACUGAGAAAAGAAGAAGACAUUCAGAGUCAUACGGUUGACCCUUAGUCCCAUACCCAACAGAUGUGACCUGAUGAAGAGUGACUGGAAACCCUUCUACGUAUGGUGAAAUAAUAGACUUUGUCACGGACUCAGCAGUAGAAGAUGCAUUUUCAAGGCUUUUCAUGCUACAUUCAGGGGCGGAAAAAGUAAGCCCAGGGACCCAUAACAAUUAGGAGUUUAAGAAAUGGGAAAGUUAUGACUACCUUUUCUUGAGGGCCAGCAAGACCAACUACCCCUUACAUGUGAGGGUCCAUUAAUGGGACGCGGAUGUGGGACCCCAGGUUUUUUACGGAUACCCUGGUGGUUACAUCUGAGAUUGCACUUUUGACCACUAUGAAGCUUUUCUGUCUCCAAACA